AUGGCAGAUGGUUAUCAGUAUCUCCAGCAGCACCUUGGCAACCUCAUCUACGUACAGCCCACACCGAAAAACCCGCUCGCGAACCAAACUCUCCUGAACACCCUUCUCAGCCACGUCUCUCCAAGCCCGCGUCCCGCCUCCAAGUCCCCAGACCUCGGCGCUCACGCCCGCUCCUCCCAAGGCAUGUACAACUCGGGCCACCAGCCGGGGCCCAACUCACGCCUCAAUGGCGGGCCUUCCGCCUCGUCGCGCGGCAUGCCUAUGCUCUACAACCACCCCUCCAAUCCCUCACACCAGUACGGUCACGCCUCGCACCAUCAGGGGAUACAGCCUGACCACUCCGGCCAUGCUGGGUCCAUGGGCCACGCCUCCGGUUACUCGAGCGGUGUGAUGCCAAAUGCGAGCCCAUACUCCAAUAAUAACGUCCCCAAUGGUCAUCCCGGUACAACAAGAGGCGGCCAAGCACAACAGAUCAACGACGAAUGGGCAGCGCAAUUGAGGGCGCAUAAGGAUUCGCAGAGAGCACACGCGGCCGUGGUCGACCAGCACCAGGGGCACUACUUUGCUCGUCUCAAGGCAGCGGAGAACAGGGGCAUCGGUCCCACCAUCACAGCAACGUCAACUACAAACCAGGUGGAGGGCGAUGACGAUGCAGGGGUCAGGCGCCCUCACAUGGUCGAGAAGACGGACGAACGGCAGGAUUGGUUUAACCUCGACAUGAGCGGCCAGGGGCUGCGCAACCUGGCGACACCGUGUUUUAAUUACAGCUUCCUCAAAGAACUGUACCUGGCCUCCAAUAACCUGACGCGGAUCCCCGAGGAGUUUGGUCAACUCAGAUGCCUGACGUUGCUCGACUUAUCGCACAACCAGAUCCACGAGAUCCCGCCCGAGAUCGGCAUGUGUACCUCGCUCAAGCAGCUGUACCUGUUUGACAACCAGAUCCGGUCGCUUCCGUACGAAUUGGGUCAUCUGUUCAAUCUCGAGAUGCUGGGCAUCGAAGGCAACCCCCUCGAACACGACUUGAAGCAGGAGAUCAUAGAAAAGGGCACCAAGAGCCUCAUCAGCCUUCUCCGCGAACAAGCCCCUGUGCCUCUUCCUCCGAAUCCCAGACCUGUCAUUGUUCUCAACCCCGACAGUCCCCCGACCCUGGAGCGCAUCAAAGUCUUGACAUGGAAUAUCCUCUGCGAAAAGUAUUCGACGACGACCAUGUACGGGUACACACCGACCGGGGCCUUAUCUUGGGAAUAUCGGAAGGACGCCAUUCUGCAGGAAAUCCGCGAGCGGGAUGCCGACGUUGUGUGCCUGCAAGAAGUCUCGGUGGACGCGAUGAACGAGGUCUUCAGCCCAGAGCUAGCUGCCGAUGGCUACAAGGGAGUGCAAUUCUCGCGUUCGAAGGCUAAGAUCAUGGGCGGCAAGGAGGCCAACGCGGUGGACGGAUGUGCGGUCUUUUACAAGGCCAAGAAGUACAUUCUCCUGGACAAGCAGAUGAUCGACUUCCAGAACAUCGCCAUCAACAGGCCCGACAUGAAAUCCCAGCAUGACAUCUUCAAUCGUGUCAUGCCGAAGGACAACAUAGGAAUGAUAUGCUUCUUCGAGAGUCGACAGACAGGGUCACGGAUGAUUGUGGCGAACGCCCAUCUCGCCUGGGAACCAGAGUUGGCUGAUGUCAAGCUGAUCCAGACGGCCAUUUUGAUAGACAGCGUCACAAAGCAUGCCGAGAAGUAUGCCCGGUGGCCCGCGUGUCGAGACAAGAAGUUCAUCCAAUUGGCUCCGGAGGGCGAAGAACGCGAGGUGAUGCCCGAACCGGCGCCGUCCCAAGAGUACCGGAACAACACGGACAUCCCGCUCUUCGUUUGCGGUGACUACAACUCCACCUACGACAGCUCUGUCUAUGAGCUUCUGUCCAAGGGGCGAGUUGAGCCUAACCACCCGGAUUUCGGCGAAAGGCAAUACGGCAACUUCACCCGGGACGGCAUCGAGCAUCCUUUCAACCUGCGGUCCUCCUACUCUCAGCUGAUGCACUCGGCGGACCAACUGCCGUUCACGAACUACGUGCCCACGUUCGAAGGCGUCAUCGACUACAUCUGGUACUCGAGCAACUCGCUGGAGGUAGUCUCCCUGCUGGGACCGCCCGACAUGGAAUAUCUUAAACGUGUGCCCGGCUUCCCCACGUACCACUUCCCCUCCGACCACAUGCACCUCAUGGCAGAAGUGGCCAUCAAGGCGAGGAAGGACAAGAAGGUCCUGCCGGAAUCUUCGGACUUCUCGGGCCGAUAA